UUUGAGAUGUUGAAUGGUGUUCUUCUGUAUGCGUGCGAUUUUCGUGUUUGAAUGUUGAAAUUAUUGAUUGAAUUGUAGUCAAAUUUAGAGCAUACCACCUCUUUAUUCCAUCUUCAGUUAUCGGUACUGGUUGUUUGUAGAAAUUCUCAAUUAGGGUUGUUCUGAUUCACAUUCACUACAUCUAGUGGAGCGAUGUCGUGGCAUUGUUGCUCAUUUGGUGAAUGGUGGCUUUCUUGUGUUAUCGAGAUAUGUUUGAAUAGCGAUGGAUGUAUGCACACAUUGGAAAAUCUCUCCACUUAAUGUUUCCCCUUGAAGGGAGAGGUUAAACAUGAGAGAUAAGAUGUUUGGGGGCAGAGCUCUCCGUCGGUUGCUAAGAGAGAGACUUCAGUCGCAAAACACCGUUUCUCCAGUUUUGUCAUCUCUUAUUUCUAAGAAAGAGCAGGAAGCAGUUGGAUCUGCCACCACCAAGUCCUGGAGGGUAUUGGCUCUAUGUGGGGCAGGUGUCUCAGGGUUGUUAAGUUAUGCAACAAUAGCAUCUUGUGAUGAGGCUGAACAUGGUUUGGAAGCUGCCACCUAUCCUUGGCCACACAGUGGCAUUCUAAAUUCAUACGACCAUGCUUCGAUUCGCCGUGGUCACCAGGUGUAUCAACAAGUUUGUGCCUCCUGCCAUUCAAUGUCCUUAAUUUCAUUCCGCGACUUGGUAGGUGUUGCGUAUACAGAAGAGGAAACUAAAGCUAUGGCCGCUGAGAUUGAGGUAGUUGAUGGGCCUAAUGAUGAGGGGGAGAUGUUUACUCGUCCUGGCAAGCUCAGUGACCGGUUUCCUCAGCCAUAUGCAAAUGAACAAGCAGCUAGGUUCGCUAAUGGCGGCGCUUAUCCUCCCGAUUUAAGUCUUAUAACCAAAGCUCGUCACAAUGGACAAAAUUAUGUUUUUGCCCUAUUGACUGGAUAUCAUGACCCUCCUGCUGGUGUCACAAUUCGUGAAGGAUUGCAUUAUAACCCUUACUUCCCUGGUGGAGCUAUUGCUAUGCCAAAAAUGCUUAAUGAUGGUGCUGUUGAGUAUGAAGAUGGUACACCUGCAACAGAAGCUCAGAUGGGGAAAGAUGUUGUCACAUUUUUAACAUGGGCUGCAGAGCCAGAAAUGGAAGAGAGAAAACUGAUGGGAUUCAAAUGGAUAUUCGUUCUAUCACUCGCGCUUCUUCAAGCUGGUUAUUACAGGCGCAUGAGGUGGUCUGUUCUCAAGUCUCGAAAGCUGGUGCUUGAUGUUGUGAACUAGAUUCCUCAACUUCCGUGCUUGAGGAACAACUAUCUGCUUGUCUUUGCGCUAGUUUAUUCAUGAACUGACAGUUUUUUUCCAGGCUACGGGCAGAUUUGUAGCUCUUUCGAUUUUGGUGGCGAAUAAUGUAAUCUCACUAGCGAAAAGAUUUCUUGUUUUUUUUUCCCGCUGCCAAUGGAAACUGGUAUUGUUUGGAUUUCUGUAUGAAAAAUGAGAUUUAGAGAGCGAGAUUCCCUGAAAGUGAAACUCCAUGUAAUAACCGAAUACUAGUGUACUAUUUUUCUCAGUUCACAUUCAAUCAUUAGUAUGAUUGAUAUGUUUUGAAGGCA